AUGUUGACGCGCACCAAGCUGCUCGCAGCGGCAUCACUGCUCCUCGGAGCCGCAUCUGCCCUACCGCCACUCGUCACACCGGUUCUGGAAGCUCGAGCACCAGCAGCAACAGACCCAUGGGUCAGCGUUGACACGUCAGGCACACCUGUGACCGUGACGCCAGUGGUCACUGUCGUAGACGGAGCCACAACCACAAUAUCUCCUGCUCCAAACGACCUGACUGCGACUGUGGUGACAAGGACGGAUUACGCUGAGAUCACGACGAGCACUGGCACUGCGCCCCCCGAGCCGACGGCCACCAACAAAGAUGGAUCUGGCUCGUUCAUGGUAUGCAACAAUGCCGAUGGGGUGAACGCGCCAUUCUGUCAGCCGUCUCAGAACAGCUCGCUUUAUCCUGGCACGACGUACUAUGUUACCUGGGACACCUCCGUCUUCAACUCCACCAACACCACUGUGAUCCUAGAGGGGUCUUACAUAAACGCCACGACCGGCGAAAUUGCAUCCCAGGCAUUUUCCUCAGACAAGAUCACAGCUGGGUGGUCAUACUAUGCGUGGGCAGUAGAUAGCAAGUUGAUGCAAGGCAAGAGCGGCGUCAACAUCACGCUGUUCCUCAACGCCCUCGAUGUCGACCAGAACACGACCGCGAAGUCAUACAAAGGGCCCACAGUGCUCGUGACAAAGACUCCAACGUACCACCAGGCGCCGCCAAAGAUGCCCACCGGCGCCGCGCUCUACAUCGGCCUGCCCACGGUGCUAGGCUUCUGCGUGGUCAUGAUCUUCGGCGUGUGCCUCUGGAACCGGAAAGCGCGCAAGAUCGCCAUCGGCAACAUCAUGUCGCGCAGCAGGCACGGCUACGGCAUCGCCAAGGGCCGCGCGAAGAGGCUGGGCCGCCGCGACAAGAAGGCCGCCAUCCGCCUCAUGGACCAGCUCCCCGAGGACCAGCACUACCGCGACGAGCCGCAGUACCACUCCGCCCGCGCCGACGACGAUGGCUGGGGCCAGCAGCACGUCGUCUAUCACCACCACCAGCAGAAUAACAACGAGUUCCUCGGACACGCCAGGCGCGACAGCGAUGCCCUUGGUAGCCUGGCGGGGACGCCGACCAGUGCGCAUUUCCCCUCGACGCAGCCGCCGCAGGGAGGGAAUGCGUUUAGGGAGGAGCUGGAGAGGCAGCAGAGAGAGAGGUCAUAG